GGGUCCCGAAAGCUAAAGCGUGGCAGGGGCCGGAUCGGGGAAGCGGAGGAGGCGGGUCUCCAUAGAAACCUCCACCUGUUUCCGGCCAGGCUGUGUGAGAUUAGGGGCUGCUGCGGGGGCCAAUCUCAGCUAGCUCGCCUUUUCCCGGCGGCCUCUGCGGGAGCGGUGGGUGUUGUACACAAUCAUCAUGGCGGCGGCCGGAGCCCCGGAUGGCAUGGAGGAACCUGGCAUGGACACGGAGGCCGAGACGGUGGCGGCCGAGGCGCCCGCGCGGCCGCUCAACUGCGUGGAGGCCGAAGCCGCGGCGGGGGCGGCAGCCGAAGACUCCUGCGCCGCGCGAGGCGUUCUGCAGCCGGCCCCGGCCCAGCCCCCUGGGGACCCCGCGGCCCAGGCCUCGGUCAGCAACGGCGAGGACGCGGGCGGCGGCGCGGGCAGGGAGCUGGUGGACCUGAAGAUCAUCUGGAACAAGACUAAGCACGACGUGAAGUUCCCUCUGGACAGCACAGGCUCCGAGCUAAAGCAGAAGAUUCACUCGAUUACAGGUCUCCCGCCUGCCAUGCAGAAAGUCAUGUAUAAGGGACUCGUCCCUGAGGAUAAGACGUUAAGAGAAAUAAAAGUGACCAGCGGGGCCAAGAUCAUGGUGGUUGGCUCCACGAUAAAUGAUGUUUUAGCAGUCAACACGCCCAAAGAUGCUGCGCAGCAGGAUGCAAAGGCCGAGGAGAACAGGAAGGAGCCUCUCUGCAGGCAGAAACAACACAGGAAAGUGUUGGAUAAAGGAAAACCUGAAGAUGUGAUGCCAUCUGUUAAGGGUGCCCAGGAGCGCCUGCCAACGGUACCCUUAUCUGGCAUGUACAAUAAGUCUGGGGGGAAAGUGAGACUCACCUUUAAGCUAGAACAAGACCAGCUGUGGAUCGGCACAAAAGAGCGGACUGAGAAAUUGCCCAUGGGCUCCAUUAAAAAUGUGGUCAGUGAACCUAUCGAAGGACACGAGGACUACCACAUGAUGGCGUUUCAGUUGGGCCCCACGGAAGCCUCUUACUACUGGGUGUACUGGGUUCCAACUCAAUAUGUGGAUGCAAUCAAAGACACUGUGCUGGGGAAAUGGCAGUAUUUUUGAAAGCACUUUCACCUCUGGCCCAGGAGACUGACCCAAAGUGAAGGACAUUGCUGGGAGAGGCCUGCAGCAUCCCUGGAUUUCAGAGUUCUGGAACUUUGUUCAAAAAAAACCUAUUUCCAAUCUAAGGCGAUGUGGUGACUGAAGCCAGAGGUGAUGUACUUUCACCAUUAGCUUAAUUUUAACUUAAAAUCACCGGUUCCCUUUCUUGCAGUCAGCUUCAUACCAUUUUUAAAGUCAAUACAGUGGAAAUCAAUAAAUCUGAAUUCCGAACAUGUUGUGUGGAAUACUCAAGUGUGUUUGAGAGUAGAUCUGCCAAUUUUGUUUAGAAAGGAUUGAUCAAAAGCUUUCUGAUUUCUUUUUUUUUUUUUAAGUGAUUUCACCUGAAAUAUUUUCACAACUCUGGUUGCAAACGUUUGGACUGCUUUGUGAUGAGUUGGGGUGUUUUUCUUUUUCAUAUAAAAUUGUAUGCAAAAUGGGGGGGUUAGUAAGCCAUAUUUUUCUGUCUAUUGAUUCAGAUGGAAUUCUUUCCCUUUUUUAUUUUCUCACUUCCUAGAUUUGAGUUUGUGUUUUAAAAACCCAAAGAUGGCAGUUCCUCUUUUUGUACCUCAUCGAUGCUUCCUUUCCUGGCUCUCUCCCACCGUGCUGCUGCUCGUGAACGCAUGGUGGGAGAGGAAGAGCUGUUUGGUGUAGGUCAGGGAGCGCUCACACUUGCUGUGGUGUUUGUUGAGCAGCAGAGUCUCUCACAGUGACUCCCCUCUAAACGUCUUGCCCUUUCUUUGGGCCUUGAUCUCUGGGGAGUUCCACUGCUGGCUUGAUGGUACCUGCAGCCCUCACUGAUUUGGCUUUGAGGCCCAGCCUGGCAUGGGUGUGCCUGGGCUGUGCUGCUCAAAAGCCACAGCUCCCAGGCCGACAAAGCCCUCUUUGAGAAGGAGCCAGGUGGAAGACAGUUUAUACAGCCAUAUAGCCACAGACCCAAAUCCUUUUUCUUUCGAAGUUUCAAGAAAUUCUUAAGCAGUCCACUGAUGAAUUCAAUUAUGCUUCUCCAUGUGGUCCUUCUGCUCAUGCAUUAUGUUCAAGUGUCCUUCAUCCCAGGUUCAGAGAUGCUGCCUUUCUCGAUAAGAAGACAUCUGACCUAGUGGGUUGGCCGAUGUAUUUAAACAUCGCAAAUGGGUAAAUUGCUCUCGUGAUUAGCUCACCCUCUUCUGGUUUUAGCCCUUACGUAUUUGUACACGUGAACUUCUCUUGUCUCCUCAUGACUUGAUUGACUCUGAAAUGGGGGAAAGUCUCUUGGUGAAUGGUAUCCUUUGUGCUCUUUGCUGUUUCUCUGCUGCUGUCUUUGCAAUUCUCCUCUCACUGGUUGCAGGCUCUCAUAGUAAGGUUUGGCGAGAGAUUUUCCAAACUUCACAUUUUGGAUUCUUGGCUGUUUACCCUUCAUUCUGUGAAAUGUAUUAGCAUGUGUUCACCUAAGAUGACUACUCCUUGUGAGCCAGUGAAUGAUGAUAUUCUAUACCCUUCCCUUGUAAGCUGUAGUUCAGGAAUCCAGCCCAUAUAGACAGACUCAUGCUUUUUAUGAUGUAGUCAAUGCCAAGUUAUGCAUCUGGGCAGGAAAAUCUACUCUUUGCUCUCUUUGGGGGUGUAAGUACGUAUGUGAAGUGUAGCACUCCAGUUGUUUUCACCCCUUGAAGAAGGAGCGGUAACUGGCGUCUCUGUCCUUGUUGGCCUGCAGUUGUUUCUUUGCUCCUUGUCAGAGCCUCCCUCUGCAGCUGACGAGUCUACAGAGGAAACUGUCACGUAGCAAGCAGAGCAUCGUCUCCAUUGGAAUACUGCCCUUUUUGUUGGCCAGCAUCCCUGUCCUGGAGACUUGUCCUGACAGUGCCACACACCCACUUUUGUUCUCGAAGCAGGCGUCUCUGUCCCCAGACUGGCCUCGCAGUGCUGCUCUCUGAGGUCCCUCCCGCCAGGUCUCCUCAUCUGCCCCGUCCCUGUGGCUACUGGCGCUAGUGACACCCCGCCCUCCCCGUGAGGACACGUGUUCUGUAGUCUCCCCGCUCCCCAGGGGCCAAGCCGCUUCUCGCUCAGGCUGGCGUCAUUUCAGGAUAGGACCAAAGCCUGUGUGAGCCUUGUUAAUUUUAAGUAAAAUGGUGCUUUUUUCCUUACUUGGAGAUAUUAUAUAUAAAUAAUAAUGUAAAUGACAUCUUUUCGUACAGAGCUGUUUGAGUAUUGCUUUACAGAGCUCACUAAAUCUACCACAACAAUCUCGAGCUCUGGCUCCUGACCCUGUCUGCAUGGAGACCUUGCUGGAAGCCCUCAGGAGAGCAGAGGUGGACAGCACUGGGAGAAGUAUUUGAGUUGGAUCUGUGUCUGGGUCACAGCGGUAUUCACUCUUUCGUCCCUAGGUCCCGUGAACGGUCUCUUCUAUUUUUCUUACGGUCCAGAAUGUACUGACUCAAUCUCUGUUAGCAAAUUGAAGUACUCUUCCCCUUAGGUAGCUUCACAGUGUUAAGUUUUCAUCGGGAUCCUUUCUGUACAGUCUCGUCACUGUCCGAGGGGACUGGUUCUUUCCCUGGGGUGGGGACCCUAAAGGGAAAGCUGGUUGCGAGAGGGGCUCCAGCGCGCAGGAAGUAGGCUAGGGGCUUGCCAUCUCUUCCAGGUGGAAUGCCUCUCUGAGCCUCCUGAUGGGCUGCUUUCUCUCCUAGAAUUUGUGCUGGUGGUCCUCCUGCAGGUCUUUGCGCACAGACAUCAUGCCUUCCUUUCCCUCCCUGAGGCGACUUGGCAGAAUAGUGACAGGAGAAUCCCUGCUGAGGCCCGGUCCCUCUCAGCUCUGUUUCGGUCAGCCUAGUCAGAGAACUCAGACUCCUGAGUUGCUGGAACUCUCUAGUAUGAAGUAUUUUAAUUGAUGAUGGGCCUUUUGCAGGUAGCAUUAGCUCUUUUUCAAUGAAGUCAGACUGAGCUAAGGACGCACUUUCCUGUCAUCUCGUGGAUGCAGUAGGGCCAUGAGGCCUCAGGAGGCUCCUUAGUUGCUGCUUUAACCCUAUGAGGGCCAAAGAGACUAACUUUGCCACAUUGCCACGUCUCUGAAAAGUUGCCAUAUUUCAGCCAGAGGGGCUUGCUUUCCCCUUCCUCUCACUUCAACCAUGUGCCUGGAGGAGCCUUCCUGGGCUCUCGCACUUGGCCUACCCUUUCUGUCGGGGCAGAGAAGGGAAAGAGAUAGACUCUGUGUGCCAAGGGCCGUGCAAGGGCAGGCUUGCUUUCCACCCCUUCUUCGGAGGGAGACCUCUUUCUCUCGCUUCAUGCCUCAUGCCUGUUGUCUUGGAAAAGAGCUUUGAGAUUGUCAUCUCCAGUUAAGAUUGGCACCUGUUUCCUUCUUAAUGGGGCCUGGUGGCCUUUCUGAAGUCAGGGUGGUCAGGAGCCCUCUGAUGUGCAGAACAUCUGGUACAUCAACCUGCCAGGCUGGGUGGUUCUACUGCUUUCUCAAUUUCUAAGAACCUCUCUCUUUUUCUUAAAGAGUUCUGCAGAAUUAUUUGACAAUGUAUGUAAGUACCAUGUUUCCUUGUGGUGUACGCUCUGUUCUGGUUUUUGUUUUUAAAUCAAAUGCCUGUUUGGGAGGAGAUGAACGUACUUAGUCUAUUAGAUUUGCGCUGCUGGAUUUUUUUUAAAGUGUAACCUUGACUAGCUGUCUUAUUGUUUAUCCUGUAAGAUUAGUCUGUCAAUUAAAAUUUGAUAAUUAA